GUUUUUUUUAGCAUUCACUUCUUUUACCUCGUAAAACAAUGUCUAAAAGCGACGACGAAGAUUCCAACUUGUAUGGAGAUCAAGACGAAGAUAAUAGCGUGACGCAAAACUCUGAUGAAGAAGGAGAAGAGAUUGGGUAUAACCGUAAAAACUCUGGACUUGGCAGUGACGAUGACGACGAUGAAGAGGAAGAAGAUGAGGAUGAAGAAGAAGCUAGAAAAGUGGCGGAAGGCUUCAUUGUAGACGACGAGGAUUCUGACACUUCAGACGGAGUAGCUGUACGUCGUAAAAAGAGAAAGAAGGUGGAAGAUUACGACGAGGAUUUGGACGAGGAAGAUUUAGACUUAUUGGAAGAAAAUACCGGUAUCAAAUUAAGUCGCACUUCUGGCCCUAAAUUAAAACGUCUUAAGCGUGGUCGUGAAGAGAUUUCGCGUGAGGAACAAAAAGGCAUUGACAAUAUUUUUUCUGACGAUGAUGACGAUCAAGUGGACCAUGUGGAAUCACACGCUUCACCUGCCCGAAAUGACCAACACCACCACCGUCGUCGUGAGGACUAUGCUGAAGAAUACGACGAUGGCAGAGCAAGAUACCGUCAACGUGACGCCUAUGAUGAUAUGGGCGAUUUCAUUGCAGAUGAAGAUGACGAGGACGAUGAUUUAAACGAGGUUUUGGGUGAAAGAGCUCAACCUCGUUAUGAAGAUGCUCGUCGUGGUAGAGGAAAGGCCAGUAAAGAAAUGAUGGAUAUCUUGCCCGAAGGCAUCAGUGAAGAUGUUCUUGUUGAUAUGUAUGAUAUUUUUGGUGACGGUGGUGAAUAUGAGUGGGCUCAAUAUGAAGACGAGGAGACGGAAAAGACAAGAGAACGCGAACCUCAACUGGCUGAUAUUUUCGAACCUAGUGAACUUGCUGAACGUAUGAUGACAGAAGAGGAUGAAGAGAUUCGUUUACGUGACGUCCCCGAACGUUUGCAGAUGCGUUACGAAGGCACCAAAAAAGUAUUUGAACAGGCCAGUAAUGAUCAGGUACAAGAAGAAGGUGCAUGGAUUGCACGUAUCAUGGCACGUAAUCGAGGUCAAGAAUUAGCUAGCGAUGCAUUCACCACAGCCGUGUCCUAUGUCGUGAGUUUCUUUACACGUGAAUUCUUGGAAGUGCCUCACAUCAAGGAUCAUCGUCGUGAUUUCUUUACGGAGGUAGAUCGUGCCACAGGCAUCAGCAAGGAAAUCUUGACAGAGAAAGAUCUUUGGGAGAUUUACGAUUUGGAUUUCAAAUACCAUAGUUUCAUUGAUCGUCGUCAAGCCUUACAGGAAUUUAUCACCAAAUGUUAUAUCCAUGACGAAUAUGUUGAUACCAUGAUGUCACGUGUUGAAAAGGUGGAGGAAAUUUCGGAUUUGACAGAUUACAUCAAUUUGAAUUUCUCGGAAAAGAUCAAUAUUAUGCAACAACAAACAAAGGGUCCUAAACGUCCCAUGAACAAAUCAUUAUUCGAAUUAAGUCAAAAGACAAGAAUGCACGACUUUUUACCCAGAUUCGGUAUCACCGCUAAACAAUUCGGUGCCAAUUAUAUGGAAGGCAAUCGUCGUCAUUUCCCUGAAGAUUCAACCGUCGAUCCUGUGGUAGAGGCUGAUAUGUAUGUCGAUGCCAGCUUCCCCGAUAUCACCAAGGUGUUGAAGGCAGUACGAUCUGUCCUUGCUCAAGAAAUGGCAUUUGAUCCUCAAGUCAGAAAAGCCAUGCGUAAAGACUGGGAAUUGUAUGCCACUGUUACUGUCAAACCUACCGAAAAGGGUUAUCAUGCCAUUGAUGAAUUGCAUGUGAUGCGUCCCUUCAAAUUCUUGAACGAGAAACCCAUCAGUGCUUUUACAGAUGGUCAAUUCUUACAUAUUCUCAAGGGUGAGUCUGACAAUCUGUUGACUAUUACCAUCAGUAUUGCUGAUUACCCUGCCUGGUUCAAUCGUAUUGCUGAAUUCUAUAUCUCGGAUGGCUUCAGUGACUCAGUGCAACAAUGGAACGAUCAACGUAAAGAGAUUAUCGAGCAAGCAUUAAAGGAACACUUGAUGCCAUUAAUGUCUAAAUAUGUACGAGAAAAAUUGCGCGUGGAAGCUCAGGAGUCGAUUUGUCAAGCCUCCUUUACCAACCUUUAUAACAAGAUUAAUGUUGGCCCCUUCCGUGGCCCUGAAUCUCAAUUCAAGAGUCCCUUACCUCGUGUUGUCACUGUAUCAUCAGGUAGUGGUACAAAUAAGGAUCCUAUCGUGGCCGUUUUUGUAAACCAACGUGGUAAAGUCUUGGAUCAGAUGGAAGUGCCCAACCUGAAGGAUGAACGCCAUUGGAAGGAAAUGGCUGAUUUCAUUAAAUCCAAAAAGGCAAAUGUGCUCGGUGUGGCUGGUUACAAUGCAGAUACUCGUCGUGUGAUUAAACAUAUGCAAACCAUGUUGAGUGAGAUCAACCAAUCCAAUGAACACAAUGGGAUUUCUCGCAUGGAUAUGGUGGUUGUGGAUGAUGAAGCCUCUCGUCUUUACAAGAACUCUCGUCGUGCACAAGAAGAAUUUGCAGAGCAUUCAGAAACCAUGCGUUAUUGUAUCUCGCUUGCACGUCGCUUACAAAGUCCCGUCUUGGAAUAUGUUGGUCUCGGUCGUGAUUUAUUAGCCAUCCAUCAUCAUGAUUUACAAUAUCUCGUACCAGAAGAUACACUUUAUUUCUUUUUAGAACGUGCCUUGAUUAGUGUAGUGAAUGAUUUAGGUUUCGAUAUGAAUGCUGCCAUUCAAAGUCCCUAUCUGGCCAACGCGCUUCAAUAUGUCUGCGGUUUCGGUCCUCGUAAGUCUCAAAGUAUCCUCAAGAAAAUUGAAGCUACAGGAGAACUUGAAAGUCGUACUGCUCUUGUGCUUCGUAAAUUAACUCCUGCCAAUACAUUCAUGAACUGUGCUAGUUAUUUACGUAUUCGUGAUAUCGACGGUGCUGAUAUCUUGGAUGAUACACGUAUCCAUCCUCAAGAUUAUGACCUUGCUCGUAAAAUGGCUGCCGAUGCAUUAGAGAUUGAUGAAGAUGAAAUGGAUGAUUAUGACUCCAAGGUAGCCGUCGUGACACGAGUAAUUAAAGAAUACCCCGAUAAACUUAAUGAUUUGAUCCUGGAUGAUUAUGCCGUUGUCUUGCGUAAACAGUACAAUGCACCCAAAAGACAAAUCUUGGAACAUAUUAAAUUGGAAUUACAAGGUCCCUAUCAUGAUCGUCGUCAUCGUUACAAUCGUCCUACUUCUGAAGAGACUUUUAUUAUGGUGACGGGUGAAACACGUCAAAGUCUGAGUGAAGGGUUUAUUAUUCCUGCCAUGGUGGUGGCUGUACGCGGAAAGAUUGCCAACUGUGUUCUUGAUUCGGGUCUGGAAGGUAUGAUCUAUGUAGAUAACGCCUCGGAUGAUCGUAUCAUGAAUGUCAGUGACGUGUUGCAGGUGGGCCAAACCAUCAACUGUAAAGUGCUUCGUAUCGAUCGAGAGAAAUUCAUGGUAGAUUUGUCGUGUAAAGCAUCAGAUACAAAACCUGGCUCGGAUUACCAAUUACGUCGAUUGGCAGAGGACCCUUAUUAUGAUCGUGUAGCAGAAACCCAAGAAUAUGAACAGCAUCGCGCCAGUCGUCGUAAGCAGUCUAAAUCCAAGCGAGUGAUCAAACAUCCCUUGUUCAGACCCUUUAACCAUCGUGAAGCUGAAGAUUAUUUGUCUACACGUCAACGAGGCGAUCUUGUGAUUCGACCCUCUUCACAUGGUUAUGAUCAUGUUGCCAUCACUUGGAAAGUGGAUGAAGAUGUCUAUCAACAUGUGGAUGUGGUUGAGAUCAAGAACAAGAAUGAUGUACAUGGUCACACACGUCUCAAGAUUGGUAACCAGACAUUUGAAGAUUUCGAUGAAUUGAUUGUCACCUAUAUAGAAGCGAUUGCUCGUAAAGUGGAUGAAUUGAUGGCACAUCCUAAAUAUCAGGCGGGAGGUAUUGAUGCCUUAAAUCGACAUUUGACUGCGUUGACACAGGCGAAUCCUAAAAUGUCUGCUUAUGGGUUCUGUCAAAGUGAGAAGCCGGGUUACUUUGAUUUGGGCUUCAAGCUGAGUUUGCGUGGUCCUCCCAUGCGUUGGGUGGUGCGUGUUUUACCCGAUGGAUACCGUUUACGUGAUGUAUCAUACCCUCAAGUAGAUGAUUUAAUCAAUGGCUUUAAACACAUUCAACAAGCUGAAGCACAAAGACAAAAGAAGAGAAGUAUGCAAAGCAGUAGAUAUUAAAUAAUUCAUAUAUAAAUAAAUCACAAAGAAAGAGAAAAAAAUAAAAUAAAAGCCAUGUAAAAUAAAUAAAAAAAACACACACAAAGAG